AUGCCACCUGAUGUUCCAAUUAUCAAUAGUAGCAAAGGUUCAUCUGAGGAUUUGGAUAAUUGGCAUAGACAAUUUAAUGAUGAGCAUAAGAAGAUUGGUGAACGUUUUCAACGACAUGUGUGCCGUCCAGUAUGUCAUAAGGGUCAGAGUUCUACUGAUAUGUGUCGUUUUGGAUUUCCUCAUGAAAUUAUUGAAAGUUCCACAUUUGAUCUUAAAAAUAACUCAAUCAUAUUUGCUAGAAAAGAAAGUGAUGUUAACGGUCAUAAUCCUUAUGUGCUAGUAUAUACAAGACAUAAUCAUGAUAUCAAGUGUAUCCUCUCUGGAAAAGCUGCUAAGGCUGCAAUGUUUUAUAUUUCAGAUUAUAUUACAAAAAUGCCAUUAAGUACUGAAAUUUUGUUAUCAACAUUG